UUUCACAUUUAUUUGUACUUCAGGUGGAUUGGUGAUCGCUCCAUUGUUGGAAUGGCUUCGGUUCCACUUCCAGACGGGAGAACAAAUGUUUCUGGAAAUUAUCCGAGAAGAACAGCCAGAGCACCACCCACUCUACUGGGACACGAUCUAUCGCUUAGUCCUCCAAGGCCAGGCGGACCAUGUGCGCCGGCUACUGUCUCUCCACUCCUCGAAACACAGCAAGGCUUUCAGCAGUAUGGACGAACUCCUCAAGAAAAUGCCACAGCACACGCAGCUGUUUCGAGGCCACUCCAUCGCAGAGUUCGACAUGAAAUGGCGACAUUGGCGGGACGAAUGUGAGCGAAGAUUGGAAGAGGGAGAGUUUUCAUCAUACGGAAAUUUGGAAACAAUUGGAAAGGUAAUGUAGAAAUCAUUGUAAAGUUUAGUGAGUUAUUGAGGCUGUGCAUUACUCGGUGUCAGUGAAGUCUCAUUAAACCUCCCACCUUUGUUUCCACUUUAAAGCAUUGCCACAUAGAAGACCAUUUUACAUAUCCUUCCUUAACCAUGUUCUUCGUGUUCUGCUUAAAUGUUAUGUUUAGAGCUACUAGAAGAUGCAUACUGCCUGCCCAAGCAUUGACUCUAUAGCUGUCAAAUAGUUUCACCUGUGUGUACUCUGUA